AUGUCAAGAGCCAAGAGAGUUAUGAAGGAGUUGCAGGGAAUCAAAGACGAUCCUGAGGCCAAAGUUGACCUGCAAUUGGUGAACGAGAACGACAUCCAUCUUUUGAAGGGAUCGUUCUUGGGCCCACCAGGAACGCCGUAUCAGAACGGCAAGUUUGUGGUGGAUAUCGAGGUGCCCAUGGAAUAUCCUUUUAAGCCACCAAAAAUGAAGUUUGACACCAAAGUUUACCAUCCUAACGUUUCUUCAGUUACUGGAGCUAUUUGUCUAGAUAUCUUGAAAAAUGCCUGGUCGCCGGUGAUAACCCUGAAAUCAGCUUUAAUCUCGCUACAGGCACUGUUGCAGUCGCCAGAACCCAAUGAUCCACAAGACGCAGAGGUUGCUCAGCAUUAUAUAAGAGACCGUGAAUCCUUCAACAACACAGCUGCACUUUGGACCAAAAUGUACGCUCCCAUGAAUUCUGACUCCGAUUCACAGCAAAUUGUGGACCAAGCAUCGCUAUAUGGCAUCGACAGUGGCCUGGUGAACCAAUUCGUCUCGCAGGGCUUCACUGAAGAAAAAAUCGUGGAAGUGCUAAGAAGACUGGGGAUCAAAUCAAUGGACUCGAACGAUAACGAAACGGCCAACAAGAUUUUAGAAGAGCUCUUGCGUUAG